UUCCCCACCCUUCCUCUACGCCAGAGCGAGGCUGCCCUUCCACCACCGGCUUUCCCAGUAUGCACCGCGGACAGACCAGCAAAAAAUAGUCCGCUAACGAAAGCGCUGAGAAAAGGGAACUAGGAAAGGGGUAGCUCGCUAAGCUAAAUCCGCCGUCUAAACGAUACUGAACGUAGCCAGAGUUGCUAACAUGGCUGACAACGAGAAACUGGACAACCAGCGGCUGAAGAAUUUCAAGAACAAGGGUCGUGAUUUGGAGACUAUGAGAAGACAGAGAACUGAGGUAGUGGUGGAACUCCGCAAGAACAAAAGAGAUGAGCACCUUUUGAAGAGGAGAAAUGUGCCCCAUGAGGACAUUUGUGAGGACUCUGAUGCUGAUGGAGAUUUCAGAUCGCAAAACACCUCCCUUGAAGCAAUAGUACAAAAUGCCACCAGUGAUAACCAGGGCGUCCAGCUGAGUGCUGUUCAAGCUGCCAGGAAGUUGCUCUCUAGUGAUCGUAACCCUCCUAUAGAUGACCUGAUCAAGUCUGGGAUCCUUCCCAUUCUGGUCCACUGCCUGGACAGAGAUGACAACCCGUCUCUUCAGUUUGAGGCAGCCUGGGCUCUGACCAACAUCGCGUCGGGUACCUCAGAGCAAACUCAAGCUGUGGUCCAGUCCAAUGCUGUGCCACUGUUCCUGAGGCUGCUUCACUCUCCUCAUCAGAAUGUGUGUGAACAGGCUGUCUGGGCCCUGGGCAACAUCAUAGGCGACGGCCCUCAGUGCAGAGACUAUGUGAUCAGCCUGGGUGUGGUCAAGCCCUUGCUCUCCUUCAUCAGCCCCUCCAUCCCCAUCACCUUCCUCCGUAAUGUCACUUGGGUUAUGGUUAAUCUCUGCCGCCACAAGGACCCCCCACCACCCAUGGAGACUAUCCAAGAGAUCCUGCCAGCGCUCUGUGUGCUGAUCCACCACACUGAUGUCAGUAUCUUGGUUGACACAGUGUGGGCUCUGUCCUACCUGACGGACGCCGGAAACGAACAGAUACAAAUGGUCAUUGAUUCGGGCAUCGUCCCUCACCUGGUUCCCCUGCUCAGUCACCAGGAGGUCAAAGUUCAGACUGCUGCUCUGAGAGCAGUGGGCAACAUAGUGACUGGUACAGACGAACAGACCCAGGUGGUGCUCAACUGUGACGCCCUCAGCCACUUCCCUUCCCUGCUCACACACCCCAAGGAGAAAAUCAACAAGGAGGCGGUGUGGUUCCUGUCCAACAUCACAGCAGGCAACCAGCAGCAGGUGCAGGCUGUUAUUGACGCCAAGCUAGUGCCCAUGAUCAUCCACCUGCUCGACAAGGGUGACUUUGGCACUCAGAAGGAAGCAGCUUGGGCCAUCAGCAACCUGACAAUAAGUGGGAGGAAAGAUCAGGUGGCACACCUGAUUGAGAAGCAGGUGAUUCCUCCGUUCUGCAACCUGCUGACAGUGAAGGAUGCUCAGGUCGUGCAGGUAGUUCUGGACGGCCUCAGCAACAUCCUGAAGAUGGCUGACGAUGAGGCAGAAACCAUCGCUAACCUCAUUGAGGAGUGUGGGGGUUUGGAGAAGAUUGAGCAGCUGCAGAAUCAUGAAAAUGAAGACAUCUACAAACUGGCAUAUGAAAUAAUUGAUCAGUUCUUCUCAUCUGAUGAUAUUGAUGAAGACACCAGCCUGGUCCCAGAGGCCAUCCAGGGUGGAACUUACGGCUUUAACUCUGCCAACGUGCCAGCCGAGGGAUUCCAGUUCUAGAACGCAUCUGGGGUAUUCUGGAGUUUUGUUCACGAUGCAGCACUCUGUUCAACAUAAAAAAUUAGGAGAGAAAGAGCGAGAGAGAGCGCGAGAGUGUGAGAGAAAUUAGAUCCAUUGUGCUUGGCUCGUGGGAUCCAUGGCUGCAUCUUAUCUGAGAGAAAAAUGUGUGGAUUUCAUUUGGCAUUCCAGGGGAACCAGCCCAAAUGAAGUUUGAGAUGGCGAGUGGGUGCGAGUGAGAGUGAGUGGCUACAUGUUGCAAAAAAGCAAAACAUCUACAUCGAAUGCGUUGAGAGACAUGCCGACAUAACUUCUGUGUUAUUGGAGCUGUCGUCUACUAAAAACUGAAAACUACUUCAAAUGACAACAAAAAAGCUCGAUGUCUGCCCGGGGAGAACCAAGGACAUCCGUCAAAAUCAAGAGAUCUUGAAGUAUCACAACACAACAAAAUACAGCAGUAAUCAACAAUAACGGUAAUUAUGAACUGAGAUGAACCAUAUCACAAUUCUGCGGUCCUCCGAACAGAGAGGGCGCCACCCUCAAUGUGCCCCUCCCCCAAUCGGCCACGCUAUCAGACAUGUGUGUGAAUGGACCCAUUGUGUAUGAAUGUCUGGACUCAGUGCUGAGGAGCCAGGUUCAUCUCCUCCAACAAGAGGCCCCAGCGGGGAGCCUCCCUCUCCCCCUGGUGGGCGGGGCCAGGAGUCCGGCUGCGCGUGUCGCAUGUGCGAGAGAAUGUACGGAUGAGUGGUGUAUGCUUGGCAGCGUGCGUGUCUGGGAGUGUGCAAGACUGGGUGAGAACGCAUGCAGAGAGGAAAAAAACAAAAAAGAAAUACAACAACUGAAGAGGAAAAAUCGAGAAACGCAUUGGCAGGAAAGAAAUUCUGCCUUUUUGAAAGAGGCAGAACCUCAAAUCCCUGAAAGGAGGAACUUUGGAUAUGAGAAAAAAAAAAGUCAUCGUCAUCACAAGGAUUAUUUUUUUGUUUUGAUUUAUUGUUAAGUUAGUAUUAAUUGACACUGGACAGUGCUAUUGGCAGGUGUGGAGCAGCAGUGCAUUGUAAUAAGAUGCAUUUGGUGGCUUUUGGGCUUUUCUUUUUGCCUCCAGUGUGUUCCUUUUACUAUAUUUUUUAUUUUCAGCUUUUAGUUUCAUCGCUUGUGUAAAGGUGAUUGACAACGAUCAUAUUCCACCCUCACACCAGAACCCUAACCUACACACCAGACAUGGGCUUGAUGCUGUGAAAUCCUGACACCAUCAUUACUAUCAACCAAAUGACUUAAAUGUUCCCCUAGAGAGAUUUCAUUAUUUUCCCUUCAAUUACAGCAAAAUCACUGCUUUGCAGUAUUGUUGCCAUAGCUUUGAUUCAUCACAAGGGGAAAUAAGAGCAAUGGCCAUUUCACGUAGGUUUGUGAAUCAUAACCUUUGCAUGUACUAAACUAUAGCACAGUUAUUUUUUAGGGUAUUUUAGUUUCCUUAGGCUAUGGAUAAAGUGUAAUUUUCAUUUUUAAGUAAAACUGUGCUGUUUAAAUGUUACAUGUUUCCCCUUCCCUUACCUCCCUACUAGUUUCCGAGUUGCAGAAAAAUCUGACGUUUUGCACAUGUUCUGCAAGUGAGGCCUGAAGUCUUUCUCAUGGUGUGUUGGUUGGUUUCGUAAGUCUGACCUGCCAGCAGCCUCUAUAAUAUGCAUCAUUCAACCACAAUCUUUGUUUUAUUUCUAGAGUAAUCCAUUGACGCUUUUUAGGAAUACUUGAGAAAAUAAUGUGUUUUUUUUUUUUUUUUUUUUUUUUUUUCCAGGAGCAGCAGUAAUAAAUCUGCUCAUGUAUCUCAGCUAGACUAAGAGGGGGGUUUAACCUUCUUGUCUCAAGAUUAAAGGGUCCCCAUAUGUCAAACUGGAGUCGUCCUUCCUGGUUUCUCCUAAAAAAAAACAAACAAAAAAAA